AUGACUGUUCAACUACCAUGGCCAAUCCUAGGGGUUGUUAUCCCUUGUAUUAUCAUAGCAACACUUGCUUAUGGAUCGCAUUAUUUUAUUCUUCAGCAUCAUUUAUCUGUUCGGGAACAAUGGAUAUAUGAAUUUUAUGCCACCAUGAUUUGGGUAUCUUAUGCAUUUGCCAUAUUUACUAAUCCCGGAAAACCCCCAUUAAAGUAUACUCCAAAGACAAAAGAAGAGUGGAGUAGGUUUUGCAAGAAAUGUAACAACUAUAAACCUCCUCGAGCUCAUCAUUGUCGAACAUGUAACCAAUGUGUUUUAGAGAUGGAUCAUCAUUGUCCAUGGACGUUAAAUUGUGUUGGACAUGGCAACUUGCCUCAUUUCAUGAGGUUUCUUGGUUGGGUCAUUUGGGGUACAGGCUAUUUGUUUAUACAACUAUGCAAGCGUAUCAUGCAGUAUUACGAGGAUUCCAAUAUGCCAAGUUAUUUAUUUGACAAAUGGGAAUUAACAGCAGUUAUAUUUCUUACUCCAUUGGAUUUUUUUGUUUUUGCCAGUAUUUCUGUUUUAUUUAUCCGUUGUUUGAUCAAUAUUUGUAAAGGUAUGACACAGAUUGAAAUCUGGGAAUGGGAAAGAAUAGAAACUCAAUGGUAUAGUGAACGGUUGUGGCUACUGAUUAGAGCAAAUUACGAAAAAUUCCAUCACAAACAGUUUCCUAAACUCACUACUUGGACUAAAAGGUAUGGAGAAGAAGAACAACAAGAAGAGGAAGACGAAAACUCGGCUGUCCCUAAAAAUUUUACUAUAGAUGAUUUGGUGUUUCCGUAUGAUUUGGGUAUUUGGAAAAAUCUAACAAAUGCUUUGGGGUAUCCAUAUGUUUGGUUGAUACCAUUUGCUGGCCCACGCACUAAUGGGUACAGUCCAGAAUUAUCCAUAGAGUAUCAAGAAGAUGAUCAGUUGAAUUUACCAUGGCCACCUGAUGGUGUUAGACAACAGGAGAUAACCGUUGGUCGUGAACAUACUGACGAAGAGCUUCGCAAGAUUAAGAACUACAGUGAAUUGAGAAAACGCUUAGAUCCACGUGUGAAUGAUAAACGAGAGAAUUUUGUCAAUGAUUUGGGUGAACGAUUAGUUGAUUAUGGGGUAGAUGCAAGUGAUGAUGAGUGA